AUGCGACGCAGCCGAUCUCAACCUAUCCGACCCAAACCUGCUCUCACUAAAUCCGAUGCUCGAUUUCUUGGUGAGACCACUAAUCAAUUGAGUUACAAACAUAUUGGGAAUAUUCCUAAAACAAAACCAAUUAUACCCAGGCAAAGGCCGAUGAUCGGAUCGGGUCGAAUGGAGUCUGUUACCACGAUUCGUCAGGAUUACCCGCGUAAAUAUGUGGACAAACCAGAAAUUAUAAUACCUUGUGGGAACAUUCGUUUAAGUUCCGGUAAGCUGGAUGCUAGUACCACAGCGAAACUUUCUUAUGCGGACCCAGGCUGUACGGAACCGACAUUGAACUUCAAACCCAUAGCGAUUUACUAUCCACCUAGUGAACCGAUUCUUACUGAUACUACACAGAAGUUAAGUUAUCAACCUGUUCACAUCCCAGAAAGAGAUACGUACUCCUGGCAGCAGAAACCAAUCUACCAAGCUCCAGAUGUUGCUAUGUGCGGAAAGACAACGUACUCUGAAAGUUUCUUAAAGAACGAAGAGCCAUGCGUGGAGAAACCUGUACGACCAACUGCUGCCAAUGUUUUUCCUAUCGGUGGUGAAUUUCGCUCAGAUACUAUUUAUAAACAAAGCUAUUUGCAAUCGGCUAUCGUUGAACGAGUGGAACCUGUUAUUCCUUGCAAUGCUAUCUCGAAACCUGAUGGCAAAAUUUCAACAGAUACAACAAGCAAAUUGAGUUACCUACCGGUCCAAAGCGAAAGACGUUUGCCGAUAUUACCUCGAAGUAGAAACAUGAUAGGCGAUGGUCUAAUGCAAUCCGAAACUACCAAUCGUUGCGAUUUUGUGGAAAAAAAUACGUUACGACCGGAUCUUAUUAUUCCAUGUGAUAAUCUUCGAAGCCCGGAUACACCUAUUGACGACAGAACUACAACGAAACUAUCUUACGCGAAACCUGGGCCAGUAGAGUGGGUUAAAAGCUUUAAACCUGUCGUUCAGUAUCAGAGAUCUGAAAAAAUUGCAUAUGACACUAUAAACAAACUAUCGUAUCAGUCUUGGACUCCACUUCCCAAGGAACAUAUACCAUGGGCAUCUAAAGAAAAAUAUCAACCACCUUCAGAUCCUAUGUGUGCUGAUACUAUUUACCAAGUCAGUUAUCCCCCACCCGGAUAUUACGAAGAUACUUGUAUGCCAGCUGAUUGCGAAUGUUUGGAUUUCAAAUACGACAAUCUGCCGGCACAAAUAUGCGAAACUGUGACGUGUGAAUGAAAUACGAACAAAAAUAGUUGCAAUUCGAGUAACAAAACUUCCGUAUAACUUCUCUAUUUUCCCAUAUAUAAAUUUCUAUCGUAUAUUAUAAUAAAUAUUUAGAGGAAAAAAUAUUGAAUUGUUUGAAAUUUGA